AUGGCUCCCGCGACUCAGUACGAGCUCUCUCCGCCCCCGGGCGACGCAGUGUCCGCGGUCGCAUUUGCGCCCGUUUCUCCGACCAAGCUCCUUGUCGCGAGCUGGGACAAGAAGGUCUACAGCUACGAUGUGUCCGGCGGCGCGGACGAAAAUAGUCUAAGCAAUACCUACGAAUUUCGAGCGCCGGUGCUGGACGUGUGUUUUGGCGCCGACGACAAUGAGGCAUUCACUGGCACCGUGGAUUGGGGUGUCAACAGGCUGGACCUGGCGACCGGAGAGAUAACGCUCUUGAGCAAGCAUCAAGCCCCUGUACGAUGUGUCGUCUACAGCAGAGAUCAUUCCAUCCUUGUGUCUGCGUCAUGGGACUGCAGCCUGCAUAUUCACAACCUGAGCGACCCUUCCAGCGAGCCCGUGAGAGUCCCCCUGCCUGGGAAGCCGCAUUCCGUCGCUGCCAGCCCGUCCAAGGUCGUCGUCGCCAUGACCGGCCGAAUCAUGAAUAUCUACGACCUGAACGCCAUGGCGGACCUCUUCACCUCCGGAUCGACGGAUCUGAAGCCUUGGCAACAGCGAGAGUCAUCCUUACGUUUCCUGACUAGGGCGGUGGCGUGUAUGCCAAACGACGCCGGUUAUGCUACGAGCAGCAUCGAGGGUCGAGUCGCCGUGGAGUGGUUCGAGGACACGGACGAGUCACAGGCGCGGAAAUUUGCGUUCAAGUGUCACAGGCAACCCGCCGCCGACGGCGAUGGCGACAUCGUCUACCCCGUCAAUGCGUUGGCAUUCCACCCUGUCCACGGCACCUUUGCCUCCGGAGGCGGAGACGGCACCGUGGCGCUCUGGGACGCCGUGGCGAAGCGCAGGCUGAAGCAGUACCAAAAGUUUCCCAACAGCGUUGCGGCGCUUGGAUUCUCGAGCGACGGCAAGUACCUGGCGAUUGGUGUGUGCCCAGGCUUCGAGACGGGGCAAGACGACUACAGCGGAGAGGGCCAGACUGCGAUUCUGAUACGGGAGCUCGGAGAGAACGAGGCUAAGGGCAAGGGAUCCAAAUAA